CUCAUCAACAAUCACAAACAACUUCACCAACCUUUACCACCACCAACAACUACUUCAUCAUGUCUGACUACAAGCCCACUGAGCACGACGGCCUCCGCAAGGACGGCCAGCCUGACGGUCGUGUCGGCACCGGCGAGUUCGCUCACGGCAAGGUCGACCCCCACAAGGCCGGCGAGCAGGGCGGAAAGACCUCCGGCUCCGGAGAGGGCCUUGGAAGUAGUGACAGCAGCGGUGGUGACUACAAGCCCACUGAGCACGGUGGCCUGAAGAAGGACGGCAGCCCUGACCAGCGUAUUGACUCGCGUCUCACUCUCAGGGCUGAGGCCCGUAUCCACCGCGGAGCCGAACCCUCAGCAUUGACCGGGGCUUGUGUUCCGGGCUUUUGGGUGUUAAUGGACGCUAAGAUGCGGAGCCGCAAAAGCAAAUACUCGUCCAGGGUCUUAUCUUCCACGGUCCGUAUUCCGGUGCAUAAGCGCAUCAUCCAAGAGCCAGGAUCAGGCUCAGACGCAAAAGUACGCUCUAACGGAUGCAACGCCUCCUCGUGGCCCCUGAGUCGAGCUAGCGUCUGCACCUUUUUCCUCAAAUAUAUGCAUCUCAAUGCACCAAGCAAAUCUGGCCUCGAAGUCCCUACAUUCUCAUUCUUCUUUACAUCGACAUUCCUUGUUCGCCAACCCGCUAAUAUGGGUGGUCUUUUGUUGUCAGAUCACUAUGAGUUUCAUAAGCCUAGUACCAAUGAUAUGAACAUUGCGAGUAUCGCUUGGGGUUUCUCCCUAGGCGUGUCGAUAUUUGCGGGUACCAAGGCUGCGAAGCAGACGAUCAAAUCAUGGAAGAGAGGGACGAGAACGAAUAUUUAUCUCAUCUUGGUUUGGAUGGAAUGGACGAGCAGUGUGAUUAUGAGUGCAAUUACAUGGUUGUAUCUGCGACAAUACAUUCCACCCGGCUUUCCAGUCUUCUUCGUUAUUGUCCUUCUUUGGGCUAUCCAGAUCCAAUCGCUACUACAGAUUAUCAUCAACCGAAUCUCGAUCCUCAUGGUCAACCGACAUAAUGCAUGGAAACUCAAGCUCAUAGUGUUCCUUGUUCUGCUCGCCAUCAACAUUAGUGUUUUCUGUGUCUGGAUCCCCGCCCGAUUGCAGAUUAGUUCUAAAUGGAUCGCUGUCAAUGCUGUCUGGGAUAGAGUGGAGAAAUGCAUCUUCUUGAUUGUCGAUGCUGGCUUGAACUUUUACUUCAUCUACCUCGUUCGAUCUCGCCUUAUCGCCAACGGUCUCACCAAGUAUACUCGAUUAUAUCGUGUCAAUUUGUUCAUGAUUGCUGUCUCGAUGACAAUGGAUAAUAAGGUCCUGCUCAUUGCAAUGAUGUCUCUUCCCAACGAUAUCGUCUACCUUCAGUUCCAUCCUCUGACAUACCUUGUCAAGCUCCACAUCGAGAUGAACAUGGCCGAGCUCAUCACCAAGGUCGUCAAGGCCAGCAACCCCAACGGCUACGACUACUCCGACUCGCGGUCUCGCUCCGGUCAAAAGAGCGGAAAGACAACCACUGGAAAGAAGAUGGGCUCCGUCUUUCCAGGCAAUAACCAGACUUUCAUUGAAGCAGGCGGCGAUAACAUUGAGUUGCCUCAAAGGAAGGAAGAUGGUAUUCAGGUUUCUAGAACUUUCAAGACUACUCAAAUCGAAGUCGUCAAGGAGAAUCGGGAUCGUACUGAUUACGACGAUCUUGAGAGCGAGUCAAGUUCUACACGGCAUUUGAAGCGAGAACCACUUCCAUUUCCCGCUGAAUAG